AUGGACGAGGAUAAAGAGCAGUCGCGCCGUGCCCGGCAGAACGGCGGCCGUGCUCGGGGCAGCCCGUCGCCGCCCGGACGACGAGGGACCCGGUUUUCCCUGCAGAAGUUCGUGACACAGGGCGUUCGGGAACUCCAGCAGCUUAGCAAGCAAUACAGCAAUAUCAAGCUCCUCCAACUGGAUGUAGUCUGUGAAAACAGCAUCAAGAAAGUAGUCAAGGAAGUGGAAGAAAUUGUGGGAGACAAAGGUCUGAACUGCCUCAUUAACAACGCUGGCAUCAAUGUGCUUGCUUCCUUGGAAGAAGUCACAGCAGAGACAAUGCUCACCAUUUAUGAAACCAAUACAGUUGCCCAGCUGAUGGUCACCAAGGCGUUUCUACCCCUUCUGAGGAAGGCAGCCCAGCUGAGCACAGGAAUGGGCUGCCAUAGAGCUGCUAUUAUCAAUAUGUCCUCUCUUGCUGCCUCCAUGCAACUCGUCCAGGCAAAUGAGAUGUUCCUCAAGGUCUACCCCUACAGGAUAGCAAAGACUGCACUGAACAUGAUCACCAGGUGUCUUGCUGCAGACUUGAAAUCGGAUGGAAUUCUCUGUAUUUCUUUGCAUCCAGGCUGGCUUCAGACAGACAUGGGUGGGAACAUGGCUCCCAUGCAGGUGCAAGAGGCUAUCCCAGGUAUUCUCUCCGUUCUGGACCGCCUUGGUGAAAAAGAAAAUGGUUCCUUCCUGGACUGGCAAGGGGAAACUCUACCAUGGUAGAAGUGCACAGUAUGCUACAGAAACAGCAUGUCAGCCACUAUUUAACUCGUGCCACUAAUGUCUGUGUCUCUAGGGUUUUCUUA